UUGUCUAUGCAGAAUCGUCUAGAACAGAAUUGUCUAGAAUCUAUUUAUACGAAGAACGAAACGAUAUGACUUAAUUGCUUUGUAUUGGACUACAUCUUACGGUUAUUGAGUCAUAGCAGCACUGAACCUAAUUUUCUUUUAUAAUGUUAUCAGUGAAACAAUAAGCGAAACAAUCAACGAAAUUGAUUAAUGAUAACAUUUGUAUUAGUUAUAUGCUCGGUCGUGGUGAUGAUCAAAAGUUUAAUUAGUGUUGUACGGCUAGUAGAUAAUCAAUGAUGCAUCACAGGUUAUAAAAAAAAUGAAAGAUUAACUGAAAUGAAGUAAACGAAAAGAACUUCGAAAGAGAGCGCUACUACUACACUACUACUAAGGAAUGUAAUACUGGGAGACGUGACUGUCAAGAGUCGCGCGCGAGUCGAACAUUACAUAUACAUAACAGACACGAGUGGGACUGUAUGGAAUAUUGUGGAAUGUACGGUAACCCGUGUACGAGUGAUCGUUAACAAAACGUGCAACCAUCAUUUUGUCAACACGAUGAUGCCAUCCUAUUUCUGAUGAAACACAUUGUAGGGCAACGAUCGAAAAAAUGCAAGCAGAUUAAGAAAACUGACUACAGAUGAAACCAAUCUGACAGAAAAACGACAUAGAUCUAACACAUACAUAAUGUUCUGCUGGGGCAGUGCUAUUCAUGGAGAAUUGGGGUUAGGUGGUAUCGAGGAUGAGAAUAUAUUCAUGCCUCGAAAAGUGGAUUUUAUAGAAGCUGAUAACAUUGAACAAAUUGCAUGUGGAGAAAAUUAUACAGUAGCUAUUACAAAGGAUGGAAAAGUAUAUUCCUGUGGUAAUAACGAUUAUGGACAACUUGGUCAUGAAAAAGCAAGAAAAAGGUUACAGUUGAUACCUGAUUUAGAGGCAUUUGUAUUCAAAAAAAUAGCUUGUGGUAACAGUCACACCUUGGCUGUGAAUGAAUGGGGACAACUUUUCGGUUGGGGUAAUGAUGAGUUGGGCCAAUUAGGAUUAAACAACAAUGAACAAACAAAACGCAUACCACGCAUGGUGAAAGCAAUGGCUACAAGAGUGGUAGUACAGAUUGCAUGUGGUAAGGAGCAUUCAAUUGCUCUAACAAACGAUGGAGAAUUGUAUGCGUGGGGUAGUAAUAAAGAGGGACAACUAGGAAUAAGUGAAGACAUAAGCGUUGAAAGAAAACCCACGAUAAUUUCAUCCUUAGCUGCUGUACCAAUUGCAUUUAUUGCAUGUGGAGGAUAUCACACCAUAGUCAUAUCAAAAUCAGGAUCUGUGUUUGCCUGGGGACGGAAUGUCUUCGGACAAUUAGGACUGAAUGAUACAAAACAGAGAAACUUGCCAUGUAAAUUGCGUACUUUGAAAAAUGCAAAAGUGUGUUAUGCCGCGUGUGGUGAAGAAUUUACUGUAUUUUUAACACUGGAUGGAGGAGUAUUUACUUGUGGUGCUGGAAUGUAUGGUCAAUUAGGCCAUGGGAACAACAUGAAUGAGAUCUUACCGCGACAGAUAAUGGAACUAAUGGGUAGCACAGUAACACAAAUAUCAUGUGGUAAAAGGCAUACUCUGGCCUUAGUCCCGUCUAGAGGUAAAAUUUAUGCCUGGGGUCUAGGAGGUGCUGGGCAAUUGGGUAAUCGCGCAUCUCAGAGUGCUACAACGCCGCAAGUCGUUCUAGGACCAUGGUCGUCUCGAAAUGGAUCAUCCAUGCUACUCGAUUCAUACUAUAUUCCUCAGAGUGACUGUGUCGUUAAACACAUCUUCAGUGGUGGCGAUCAUUGCUUUGCAACUAUUGUCCCAAGAAAAGAUAAUAUAGAACCAGAUGACUGUAGAAUAUUAGGGUCAACUUCCCAAAUUCUUACAGUGACACAGGAAAAGAUAGCCGAAUUUCAUGAGUUCCCGGCAGGCGCAACGAUUAGUCAUGAAGUAAUGACAUACAUAGAAACUGUAUUCAGAAGUCAAGCGUGCAUAAAUGCGUCUUGUUUACUUGCUAAUGAUACUCAUUAUGGAUGCUCAAGUAAACAUCAUGGUGUCGACAUUGACUACACGAUAAAAUUGUUUGGAAGUCUCUCUGAAGUGGACAAUACCACAAUUCAAGAACUGAUUUUUGUAUGUAUAACUCAAAGUCUAAUACCAUCCUUUUCGGUAUCUCCACCCGACGUGGAAGCCUUGAGAGUGUACUUAAUUUUACCACUCUAUCAUGGUUUCGCAAAAGUUUCGAACUCUAGUUUGUUACAAAUACCAUUUGGCAAGGCCAUGAUGCGCCUGAAGUUGGAGGCUUCGAAAGUCAUAUGUACAUGGUGGACUAGUACUCCGACGUACUAUUACGAGAGAUUGGUGAGGAUUUACAAAUCCAUAGUGAUGGACUUUGUGUCGCAAAUCACGGACAAGAGAAUUACGUGGAAUGAUAGUCUGCACAGUGCCCUGGAGCUGUUAAAAAUAUUAUAUAAUCUAAAUAAAGACAGGGAUAAUGAAACAGGCCUAAUUGUGCCCUACGAGACUUUCUACUUGCGUGAAUUACCAGAAUACAUAGAUAUCAACGACGAUUAUCUCAGAUGGAUAUCGAUCGAGCCUCAGCGAAAAUUAUACUUUUGUGAUUAUUCUUUUCUCUUCGAUGCCGAAACGAAGGCUACGUUGCUCGAAACCGAUCAGUCUAUACAGAUGCAAUCCGCGAUGACUGAAGCAGCGUCACGGGCGGUCAGAGAUAUAGUGUUUGGUGUACCUAAUCCGAUCAACACUCAACAGUAUAAUCAAUAUGUAAUCUUGAACGUGUCACGGGAGAACAUAGUCACGGAUACUUUGUCACAAUUACAACAAUACGAUUCUAGCGAGUUGAAGAAACCACUUAGAGUUAAAUUUUACGGUGAGGAAGCCGAAGAUGUAGGUGGUGUAAAAAAGGAAUUUUUCUUACUGCUCUUACGAGAGAUUCUUGAUCCGAAAUACGGUAUGUUUAAAGAAUACGAAGAGACAAAUACGAUCUGGUUUAGCAUAGACUCGCUCGAAGAUCAAGUUAUGUAUUUUCUUAUUGGAGUUCUCUGCGGUUUGGCUAUUUAUAACUUUACCAUCAUUGAUUUACCGUUCCCGUUAGCCUUGUAUAAAAAACUUUUGGGCGAACCAGUUGGACUGAAUGAUAUAAAGGGUCUGUCACCGGUAAUGGCUAAUAGCCUACAAAGUAUUCUCGAUUACAAUGGAGAAGACUUUGAGGAGGUAUUUUGUUUAAACUUCGAAAUCACCAGAGAAGCGUUCGGCGAACAAAUAAGUGUCGAAUUGUUACCUAACGGAAAGGAAAUCUCUGUAACGUUAAAAAAUAAGCAACAGUAUGUAAAUCUUUAUGUGAAUUAUAUACUGAACACGUCGGUAGAGCCGCAUUUUAGUUCAUUUUCCAAAGGUUUUCACAAGGUGUGCGGUGGAAGAAUUUUAAAACUCUUCCAUAGUCACGAACUGAUGUCACUGUUAAUAGGAAAUCAAAAUUACGAUUGGGAAGAAUUAGAAAGAAAUGCCAGCUAUAAAGAGGGCUACACGAAAAACGAUCCUACUAUUGUACUCUUUUGGCAAGUCUUUCACGAGUUGUCGUUGGAAGACAAAAAAAAAUUCUUACUUUUUUUGACAGGCAGUGACAGAAUACCUAUAUGGGGUAUGAAGGCUAUCAAGAUAAUAAUACAACCAAUGACGGAUGAACGGUUUCUACCGGCGGCACACACGUGUUUCAAUCUGCUUGAUCUGCCGCGUUAUCAAACAAAAGAAAGAUUGAGAUACAAACUUUUACAAGCUAUCCAGCACAAUCAAGGAUUUUCGCUUGUGUGAAGGUGAAACAUAAGAAGCCUUUUUAGCUAACAAUUGUUAACUCCAUUUGCAUAUUAAAUUUGUCAUAUAAAUUUGAAAAUGAAAUAUUGGUCGAAAUAAUAAGUUCCUGAUAUCACAACUGCAAUACCUUCAUACAAAUUUCAUCCGCACGUAUAAAUCUAUAGCUCAAACCAGAGUUGGCGCUAAGUUGCACUUUUGAGCCUAUUUUAAAAGCGUGUUAAUGCCUGCUAUAUUCUCGUCUCUUGUAUGAUAUUAGCAAUAAACCGUUUGUAUAACUGAGAUGGAGCGUCGCGCACUUACUCUGAAACAUCCGGUUUCACCAUUUCCGAUUAAUUUAUAACCGUCAAUGAAAUUAAUCAGCAUUGAAAUUGAUUUAGUUAUUUAACAAGGUUGUCAUACACAGUUAUGACAACCUUGUUAAAUUGACAGUUGUCAUACACAGUUGAAAAUCGGAGAUGAUGAAACACACUGAAGAAUAACAGUGAUUCGUUAAAAUGAAAGAUAAGAAGAGAAUGUAGCGGGUCGUGAACGGCCAAAAAAUCGACCCAAAAGUUGGCUGUAACUUAAGCUUUUCGAUAUCUAGUCAAUAAAAAUGAACGCUAUCAUUUAAUGCGCGCCUAAAUCAGUAGUCAAUCGCAUAAAAUAAUGUAUAUAUAGAAAGCAUGAAUAAACUGACAAUAUUAGAAUCUGGCACACUGUAAUAUACAAAAAAAUCAAAGAAACUGUGUAAGCACGAAUUUGGGAAAUAUGUUACGUGAUAAAUAACACAGUUUCUGCAAAAUUUAAACUUGAAAACUCGCUGACCUGUAGCUUAUGAUUUAAUUCAUAAACAUGCCGAACGAUUUAUGAUUACUCAUUGUUUUUAAAAUUUUCUGAAAAACAAAGUCUCAGAAAGUUUUGUAAAAAUAGAAGUUUAUAAUAUAAUAUUGCGAUAUAAAUUAAACUUUCUGUAUCAACACACAUUUUAUUUUUUAUUAUAAUCUCAAAUAGAAAAUUUGAUGUAGGCUUAAUAAAAUUUUGCUGCAUUGUGAGGGUUAUACAAAACAAUUGCAAUAAUGUCCGGAUAAAUGUUUUCGAUUUAAGACUGAGGCCGGAUAUUUGUAAGGGCAUCAAUAUGUUUAUUAUAUAAUGAAGCUAUGUAUAUAAAAGUGACAACGCAGUGUUAUAAUAACUGGAUAAAAUCGUAUUUAUACCGGAUAUUGCUGUAUGAGCUUCGAUUGAUGUUAGAAAGGAAUUGUAUUACUCGCGCGCUAGCGAACUUGUUGCUCAAUGAAUUUUGAGCGUUAGGAAAAAACUACGAGAAUUUAAUUUACAAUGCUUAGAUGUAUCUGAAUGAAGAGAACAAGAAAGAUGAUAUACUCAGGGAAAGUUAUUUAAGCGAUUAAACAAGAAUUGUUUUAACGCGAAGAUGUGUUUCGUAACUGUUUUCAAGAGUUUUAUACAAUAUUUUCAGGCAUGUUGUUGAUUCCAGAAUUAUAUUUUUAACCCCUUAUCAUAAACAUAUAAAUGAUAAAAGGACAAGCACCCAACUCCGGUUAACGUAACCAAUCGAUUGAGUCUAGUUUUUAUGGUUUAAUUUCGUUAAGUUAAAAUCUCAACGGAGUAGAUAAAACUACUGAUCGCGAUCAUCUGGUCUGUAACUUUUCUACGCAAAUGUCAUGCAUUACAAAAUAGCUGCGCAACAAUAACGGAAUUAUUGUUAAUAGUUACAGAAUGAGAGAGCAAGUCCAUAUUUUAAAAUGAAAGAAAUAAAAUUAGCAACGUAACUCUGUUCUGUGAAUGUGAAAGAACAACUCCAAAAAAACAAUUAGUGCAUUUGUUCUUAAUGGACAAAAUGUUUUUAGGUUUAUUUUGUCGCGAUAUAUUUGUUUUUUAAGAAUACGACUUUAGAUGAUUUUAGAUGUUUCGAGUUAAAUAUAUAUAUAUAUAUAUAUAUAUAUAUAUAUGUGUGUGUGUAUAUAUAUAUAUAUUAUACAUAGAUUCCAGCUAUAUUCUUUUGUAAUGUUGAGAUUUCAUAUACAUAAACAUGCAAACUAUUUUGUAAAUUGUUAAUACUUAUACAUAGAGAUGCCUCUUGUAUUCUGAAGUCAAAGAAAAAAUAAUAAAAAUUAUUAUCUAUAAAAUCAAUGUUUCCUACAUAUAAUAAUGACUUUAUUAUAAAUUUCACAAAAAUUUAUAUAUAUCACAUGUUGUAAUUACCUGCACUGGCGUCUGUUGAUAUUCUUAUGUAAAUUGAUAAGGAGAUAUUUAUUUAUUCACAUAUUAAUAUAUUAUAUAUUACAUUUAUUAAAAAUUAUUCGUCGGUUAGUUAUAACGGACAGACCGUUGCCGAAUCGCGUUACAAAAAAUGCGUUGCGCUUCGGUAUUUAUAUGUAGAUAAAUAUACAAUCAAUUAUGCAUUCAUAUAAUUCGAUCGUUUAUUUCGUAUAUUAUAUUCGCUGGUCGUUACUUUACCAUAUCGUGACUGUUUUCGCAAAAAAGAGAAGUACAAUCUGCCACUAUCACUCGAAAUCUUUUAAGCACCUUUUUGUGAUCUGUCACUCUUGAUGAUUUGUAAUGGCAAGCGUUAGUUUUAUAAAUCUGUAUUGUUCACGACAUUUAAUUCUAUCACAAUGAAAAAAUACAUUUUAUCAGAAAUUCCCAAACUUGGAGAUACGUUAACACAAGCAAAAAUGUAAAUAUAUUUCUAUUUUGUAUUAUUGUUUGUGUGUGCGUGUGUUGUGUAUGUGUGUGUGUGAUGUAUGAACGCAGUGCUCACAAAUAAGGACAUUUCUGAACGACAAUUGUCCAGAUUGAUAAUAAACCGAAUGCCAUCUCAAAUAAACUUUGGUAAUUAAUUUACGUUACCCUGAAAGAUAAAAGGCAACCAUUCAGUCUCUGAAAUGUAAACGAGUUUGUUGAAAUUCGAAAUCUCUCUGAAAAACCUGAGAAGUGCAUGAAGACAAUACGCGAAAACAAGAAAAAAAAAAAAAAA